AUGGAACCAACGUUAUGUUUUAUUUUAUGUGAAACACCAGUUAUUUAUUUACAAGGUACCAUUUGUCGAUGUUCAAGUGUUGGUCUUACGGAUCAUAAUCGAGUGAGCGAUAAUCUUUGUAAGACAUCGUGCGAAAUAUCAAAUAAUGAUCAAGUUGUAACAACUAAUACAUGUGGAGGCAAAGAAACAUAUUCAGUUUAUGCUGAAGAAAACUAUUACAUUCAACAAGCUGAUUUAUUUAAUUUUCAAAUUCAAUUGAAAUCAUGUGAAUUAUGGAAUACUUCCGAUUAUUAUGAUACAGUACAAGUGAAAAUUAAUGAAUCAUCUUUUCAAACUCAAUUGACUAAAUUGGAACGUUGUGCAAUUACAUGUCUCAAUCAAAAUGUUACUACAGAAUCUAUAGCUUUCAACGGUGAUAACAAUCAAUGUUUAUGUAUAAUAUCACAAAGAUUAAAUCUAGAUUCUGAUGAUACUCAUCAUUUAACAAUUUUAUCCAAUAAUAGUUGUGAUCGCUAUUGUGAUAACAUAUUUAUAAAUUCGAAAAUUCAACAGAAAUUUAUAUGUGGUUCUUUGAAAGACUCACGUAUAUGGACUAUUUAUAAUUUAAAUGCUAUAUGUCCAAUUGGUUCGAUUUAUAUAAAAGAAUUUGAGAAAUGUAUAUUAAAAUACAAAGGAAUUUCUAAUUCUUGUCCAUCACCUUCGAUGAAUUAUAUUUAUAAUGGAAAUCCGACAUGGAAUAUAUUUUUAAAAUCUAUCAGAAAAUUAAACAUAACAAAAUCUAUUCUUUCUAUAGAUUUCACUGAUAAUAUUACAAUUAAUUCUUUAUGGUUAUGUUCAACAAAUAACAAUACUAUUAAUUCAAAUAUUGUUAAUAAGAAUUAUAAUACAUCAUACAUAUUGGAUAAUGGUUGUUUACGUAUUCACUCUACUUCUUCUAAUUCACAUAUAUUAUCAACUCGUUUAUGUAUGACAAAUCCUCUCACUAAUGAAUCAUCAUCAUCAUCAUCACCAUAUAUUAUUGCAUAUUGUCAUACAUAUCCCCAAAAAACUCAAGAAAAUAUCGAUGUAUGUCCACAUCCAUUAUUUGAUAUAAACACAAAUUGUUACCAAAUAUUGGAUACAUCUAAACCAAUUCAAGAAGCAAGAAGUAGAUAUACUAGUUUGUUAGAAACAAUGAAUUGGCUU